AUGGAAAAUAACUGUCUUGCGCAUGCACUUUUUGGGGCAAGUACCUUGAAAUUGGACUGGGCAACAAGGCAAAAAAUAUGUGUUGGAAUCGCUAGAGGUCUAGCAUUUCUCCAUGAAGAAUCAACACUCAGGAUAGUUCACAGAGACAUAAAAGCUACAAAUGUACUACUUGACUGGGAAUUAAAUGCUAAGAUAUCAGACUUUGGAUUAGCUAAACUCAAAGAAGAGGAGAACACCCAUAUUAGCACUAGAGUUGUUGGAACUAUAGGCUAUAUGGCUCCAGAAUAUGCGCUAUGGGGUUACCUCACAGAAAAAGCAGAUGUUUAUAGCUUUGGGAUGGUUGCUUUGGAAAUUGUUUGUGGGAGAAGCAAUGCAAGUUACUGGGCACAAAAUGGAUGUGUUUGCCUUCUUGAUUGGACCUUUAAUUUGCAACAGAAAGGAAACUUGAUGGAGAUAUUGGAUCCAAAGUUGGAGUAUAAGUUUGACAAAGAAGAGGCUGAAAGAAUGGUAAAAGUGGCUUUGUUAUGCUGUAAUGCAUCUCCAGCAUUGAGGCCUACUAUGUCAGAGGUGGUUAGUAUGCUUGAAUCACAAACCAUCAUUCAAGAAGUGAUCUCAGAUCCUAGCAUCUAUGGCAGUGAUUUCCAAUUACAACAACUUGACCAGAAUUCUAGAGGAAACUUGGCCGCUCCAAACUUUUCUUAA